GGUGGUGGUGCUGGAUAAGGUGACUGACCUGCUGCUGCUCUUUGGGAAGCUGCUGGUGGUGGGGGGCGUCGGGGUCCUUGGGUUCUUCUUCUUCUCAGGCCGGAUCGAGAUCUCCGACCCCCGGUUCCGCUCGCCCUCCCUCAACUACUACUGGCUGCCCAUCCUGACGGUGGUGGUGGGCGCCUACCUGAUCGCCCAGGGCUUCUUCAGCGUCUACAGCAUGUGUGUGGACACCCUUUUCCUCUGCUUCCUGGAGGACCUGGAGCGGAACGACGGCUCGGUGGAGAAGCCGUACUACAUGUCGACCUCCCUCAUGAAGAUCCUCAACAAGAAGAACAAGAAGGCGGAGACGAAAUAGCCCCCGCCAAGUGUGGGGUGCUGCCCCUCCCCCGCCACUCCAUUUCCUGUGGGGGAGCCCCCUUUGCCCCCCUGCCCGGUGGCCAUCUUGCAUUGCAGGUCCCUUCCCCUCGAUGGCGUCACUUCCUGUCGGCCAUAUUGUAGCGUAGGCCUGCUCCCCUCCCCUGCCCUGCCAACCUUCCCCUCGCGGGCAUUACUUCCUGUCGGCCAUAUUGUAGCGUGGGCCUGCUCCCUUUCCCACCAUUGCCAACCUUCCCCUCGCUGCUGUCACUUCCUGUCGGCCAUAUUGUAGUGUAGGCCUGCUCCCCUCCCCUGCCCUGCCAACCUUCCCCUCACGGGCAUUACUUCCUGUCGGCCAUAUUGUAGCGUGGGCCUGCUCCCUCUCCCCACCAUUGCCAACCUUCCCCUCGAUGGCGUCACUUCCUGUAGG